GUGUCCGUGGGCUCUGUGGUUCUGUUGCAACAUCUUGACAAGGAAAUUCCCUUCAAGGUGUCCGUGGGCUCUGUGGUUCUGUUGCAACAUCUUGACAAGGAAAUUCCCUUCAAGGUGUCCGUGGGCUCUGUGGCUCUGUUGCAACACCUUGACAAGGAAAACCCCUUCAAG